AUGGCCGAGCGCUAUAUCCCCGAACAUCGUCGCACUCAGUUCAAGGCCCGGAACCAGUUCCGGCCUGACGAGCUUCGUCGUCGUCGUGAGGAACAACAGGUUGAGAUCAGAAAGCAGAAGAGAGAUGAGAAUUUGGCCAAGAGGAGAGGUAUCCAGACCCGCGAUGGCGGCAUUGGCGUGGGCGGCGGCGUAGCUGCCGAGAGUGAUGAUGAGGCCAGCGCCAUCGAGAGUGAGCUUAAUGUGGAGCUCCCCGAGAUGGUUAAGGGCGUCUUCUCCGAUCAGAUCGACCAGCAGAUCCAAGCCACCACCAAGUUCAGGAAAUUGCUCUCCAAGGAGCGCAACCCCCCCAUUGAGCGUGUCAUCGAGACCGGUGUCGUGAGCCGCUUCGUUGAAUUCCUCCGAUCCCCCCACACUCUUGUUCAGUUCGAAGCUGCUUGGGCUUUGACCAACAUUGCCUCUGGUUCCGCCCAACAGACCCAGGUCGUUAUCGAGGCUGGUGCUGUACCGAUCUUCUGCGAACUCCUGAGCAGCCCUGAACCCGAUGUUCGUGAGCAGGCCGUCUGGGCCCUUGGUAACAUUGCGGGUGACAGCCCUCAAUGCCGUGACUUCGUUCUCAACGCCGGUGCUCUGCGUCCUCUGCUGAACCUCAUCAACGAUGGCCGGAAGCUGAGCAUGCUGCGCAACGCUACCUGGACCCUGAGCAACUUCUGCCGCGGCAAGACGCCUCAGCCUGAUUGGAACACUAUUGCCCCCGCUCUUCCUGUCCUUGCUAAGCUCAUCUACAUGCUUGAUGAUGAAGUCCUGAUCGAUGCUUGCUGGGCCAUCUCCUACCUGUCUGAUGGCGCCAACGACAAGAUUCAGGCUGUCAUCGAGGCCGGCAUCCCUCGCCGUCUCGUCGAGCUCCUCAUGCACGCCUCGACCUCGGUCCAGACCCCCGCUCUCCGGUCGGUCGGUAACAUCGUCACUGGUGACGACGUCCAGACCCAGGUCAUCAUCAACUGCGGUGCUCUUCCCGCCCUCCUCGCUCUGCUGAGCUCCACCAAGGACGGUAUCCGUAAGGAGGCGUGCUGGACCAUCUCCAACAUCACUGCUGGUAACUCCAGCCAGAUCCAGGCUGUCGUCGACGCCGGCAUCAUCCCUCCCUUGAUCAACCUGCUGGCGAACGGUGACUUCAAGACGCGUAAGGAGGCCUGCUGGGCCAUCUCCAACGCCACCUCCGGUGGUCUGCAGAAGCCUGACCAGAUCCGCUACCUCGUGUCCCAGGGAUGCAUCAAGCCCCUGUGCGACCUUCUUGCUUGCCCUGACAACAAGAUCAUCCAGGUUGCUCUGGAUGGUCUGGAGAACAUCCUCAAGGUCGGCGAGAUGGACAAGGAGGCUGGCCAGUCUGAGGCCAACGUCAACCGCUACGCU